CGCACAUAUAAAUACAGAUCUCGUAGCGCGCAAUUGUUAAUUUAUUAUUCUGAAUUCACAAUGUCAUCUCCGGCCGAAUUUUAUAAGUCACUUCCACCUAUAAGCAAGGCUUAUGGGACUGCUUGUCUGUUGCUUACAACUGCAUGUCAAUUGGGAUUAUGCCAUCCUGUUCAUAUAGCACUAUUGUAUCAGCCCUUGAUCUCUCAUUUUCAGGUCUGGCGAUUGAUUACUAACUUCCUCUUUCUUGGAAAGUUUUCUAUUAAUUUUGGAAUUCGCCUCUUAAUGAUAGCGAGAUAUGGGGUACAACUGGAAAAUGGACCAUUUCAAAGACGUACUGCAGAUUUUCUAUGGAUGAUGAUAUUUGGAGCUUUCACAUUAUUGGUUUUAUCCGCAAUCCCCUUCUUCAGUUCUCCGUUCUUGGGCAUAUCGCUGGUUUUCAUGCUUCUAUAUGUCUGGAGUAGAGAAUUCCCAGAUGCCAAUAUCAACAUUUAUGGUCUUGUAACCCUAAAGGCGUUUUAUUUGCCAUGGGCCAUGCUCUGUUUAGAUGUUAUUUUUGGUUCAUCAAUCAUGCCAGACCUGUUGGGGAUCAUUGCUGGACAUCUGUAUUACUUCUUAACCGUAUUGCAUCCACUUGCCACUGGGAAGAACUUUUUGAAGACGCCGAUGUGGGUACAUAAACUUGUAACACGGUGGAGGAUAGGUGUACCACCAAUUAAUCGUGCUCAACCUGAUAGGAGUUCUGGUGUAGCAUUUAGAGGGAGGUCUUAUCGCGUGGGUGGAUGAAGAUGCUGCUUACAUGACUGCAGACAUGAAGAUGUCUAUAUGGUAUGCACAACAGCAGAUGGAAGUACAGCUACCUUCAGCCAGCCACCCCUGCCAAAAGAAAAUGUUUUGAUGUAGAUUUUCUUCUUGUCUAGUGCAUAGAAGUUCUACAAAUGGAUUACUGAUAAUAGUAUAAUAUGCCAAUUAGUUGAUAAUUAAAGCUGUGUGAUUAUUCCUUAUUUCCAGUGCUACUCAUGGGAAAUCCAGAUUGUUUAUGUUGGCUGCCUUGCAUCUCUUUGAGGGUUAAUUUGCAUGACCCUGUGGAACAUCUAUCCCCUCUUCCUAAUUGGAGAAUGUCACAAACUUCAUUAGGGUGAA